AGACAGAGACACACACAAACACACACAAACGUUUUUUUUAUUCAGUGUUUAAGUCGCUCGUAAACCCGCUCAUGACACUCCGCUCGCUCCGUCAUCCUCACGCAUGCGCAGAUUGACACACAGCGAGCGAGCGAGCGAUGUAGGACGAGGAGCAGAAUUUAAAAACGAAAGUAAAAGCUCGUGUUUAUUUUUUCUCCCGGACGAAUGGACAGAUUUGUAAAUGUGACUCUUGACACAUUAUUCAGUUGUUACUGGUUUAUCUGCAGUUUUCUGAGCACACAGUGUGAUCUUCUGCCAUGAUGUCGGCUGAAGCACUGAGAUGGGUUUUACUCUUACUUUGUUUAUCUCUCAGCCAUCAGACUGGAUCAUUUUCAGUGAAGGUUCGUUCUCAGGUCUCAGGGCUGCUCGGUUCCUCUGUGGAUCUUUACUGUGGUCUUGAAAACAACAUAGAUGCUCGACCCCUGGAAGUCCGCUGGUACCGUCCCAACCUGCUAAACACCCCGGUUCUGCUCUACAAGAACACACAGCUCCAGACGGAAACUGUAGAUGUUCAGUACCAGGGCAGAGUGUUCCUCAAAGGAGAACUGGAGAAAGGAGACGUCUCUCUGAAACUGGAGAACCUGACGCUAGCAGACAGCGGAGAUUAUGUGUGCCAUGUGAGCAGUGGUAACUGGUAUGACAAGGCUACGGUGUCCCUCAGAGUGAGAGUGGUGGGAUCUACUCCUGUUAUCUCCUUAAAUGAAGCAGGUGGAGGCCAAGUGAACGUUAGCUGUAAAUCACAUGGAUGGUUACCAGAGCCGUCAAUCAUCUGGACAGAUAAAGAUGGGAGAGAUCUGAAACCUCUCAGCAAAGACAUGUUCACUACCAACUCUGAAGGCUGUGUAGAUGUGAGCUCAUGGCUAAUUGUGUCUCCCUCGGAGUCUGAGUGGAUCUCCUGCUCUGUGGGUUCCUCUGUUCUGGAGAGAAAAGACAGCAGAAUGAAGUUAUAUGUCCCUGCAGGGUCCUUGAAUGGAUACCUCAUUGCGAUUCCCAUUCUGCUGCUGCUGCUGCUGCUGUGUGCUGCAGGAAUUGCAGUGUAUUGCGUGCGACGUAAAAAAGGUGUCAACAAAAGAAGGAACAGAAAACCCAACAAUUGUCUGAGUUUCUUCAAGAAGAACAAGGCAGAAGAUCCAGGAGGGAAUCCAUCAGAAACUGAACCUCUCACAAUCUGUGUGGACAAGCUGGAUAAGGACGAAGCUACAUCUGGUGUUCUACAAGCUGUGGUUGUAGAUCAAAAUUCUGUGCCAAGGGCAGAAACACCACCAGCUCCAACUGCAGAUCUCAAUCAGCAGAAAUCAUCUGAGCCUCAGAAUCCUGAAGCAGCUGCCAGACCUGAAGCCAUCACCUCCAACACCACACCUUCUGCCACCACCUCCAACACCACACCUUCUGCCACCACCUCCAACACCACACCUUCUGCCACCACCUCCAACACCACACCUUCUGCCACCACCUCCAACACCACACCUGCUGCCACCACCUCCAACACCACACCUUCUGCCACCACCUCCAACACCACACCUGCUGCCACCACCUCAAACACCACUCCUUCUGCCAUCACCUCCAACACCACACCUGCUGCCACCACCACAAAAGCCACACCUGCUGCCAUCACAUCAAAUACCACAACUUCUGCCACCACCUCCAACACCACAUCUGCUGCCACCACCUCCAACACCACACCUUCUGCCACCACCUCAAACACCACACCUUCUGCCACCACCUCAAACACCACACCUUCUGCCACCACCUCAAACACCACACCUUCUGCCACCACCUCAAACACCACACCUUCUGCCAUCACCUCAAACACCACAUCUGCUGCCAUCACAUCGAAUACCACACCUGCUGCCAUUAUCUCAAAUACUACAUCUGCUGCCACCACCACAAAAACCACACCUGCUCUCACCAACACAAACACCACACCUGCUGCCACCACCACAAAAACCACACCUGAUGCCACCACCUCAAACACUACAUCUGAUGCCACUACCACAAACACCACACCUGAUGCCACCACCACAAACACCACACCUGAUGCCAUCACAACAAACAACACACCUGCUGCCACCAUAACAAAAACCACACCUGAUGCCACCACCUCAAACACUACAUCUGAUGCCACUACCACAAACACCACACCUGAUGCCACCACCACAAAAACCACACCUGCUGUCACCACCACAAAAACCACACCUGAUGCCACCACCACAAACACCACACCUGAUGCCACCACCUCAAACACUACAGCUGAUGCCACCACCACAAACACCACACCUGAUGCCACCACCUCAAACACCACACCUGAUGCCACCACCUCAAACACUACACCUGAUGCCACCACCACAAAAAACACAUCUGCUGCCACCACCACCACAAACACCACACCUGAUGCCACCACCACAAACACCACACCUGCUCCCACCACAAACACCACACCUGCUCCCACCACAAACACCACACCUGUCCCCACAACAUUUACAGGAUGCUUCAACUCAGACAAAAUACCUCCUACCACCGAUGCUAAAAGAAGUAUUAUGAACAAAGGAAGAAGGAGAAAAAACACCAAGAAUAAAUCAGAAAACUCAUCUGACAAAGCUGAAGUAAGAGAAACAAAGAGUUCAGGAAAGAGGAAAGCAGAAGAACCUGCUGAAGGUCCAGAGACCACAAAACGUCUCCAUCAGCAACAACACAGUGAAGGGGAGAGCGAUGAUGAAAUGGUGUGUGAGGGUGUGGGUUCCACGUCUGUCCCAGAGGAGAAGGAUAGUGGUUCCCUGUCUGUCCCACAGAAUAUGGAGACUGACGAUUCUGAAUUAUGUAAUGAGGACAAUGACAUGGACUGUGACUGAAGUUUAUUAUGAUUCAGCCUUCCAGCUUGUGUACUGAUUAUUUUAUAUGGAUGAAAUUCUUACCUUUUUUGGUUGUUAUUUUUAUACAAACACUUCAUGUACAGUAAAGAUGUGAUGUUCCAGAUGUUUUGUUUUUUACUGUCUGUAAUAUUCACAAACAUCACAAUCAAUAAAUAUCAGUGUUGUUGGUUGGA